AGAUUUAUUUUUCAUUGUUGUUUAAAAUUUACUGUAUAACAAAUAAAAUUUAUUGUAUGCAAUUGUGGAAAAGAACACUGUUGGAAAAGUGGAACAAUAAUUUAAAAAUGUUAUAUUUUGAAAAAUGAUUAUAGGAGCUCUAAACUCUAAUGUUGGAGUUCCCAUCAUGGUACAGCGGAAACAAAUCCAACUAGGAACCAUGAGGAUGAGGAUUCGAUACCUGGCCUCGCUCAGUGGGUUAAGGAUCCAGCGUUGCCGUGAGCUGUGGUCUAGGUCGCAGUGGAGCUCAGAUCCGGCGUGGCUGUGGCUGUGGCGUAGGCUGGCGGCAACAGCUUCAAUUAGUCCCCUAGCCUGGGAACCUCCAUAUGCCAUGAGGGCAUCCCUAAGAAGAGACAAAAAAGCAAAAAAAAAAAAAAAAAAAAAAAAAAUUCUUAUGUUUUACCCAGUGUUGUUGUUUUACCCAGUGUGUUUUAGAAUGUUUUGAGAUUUGAAUAUCCAGAACAUCCAAUUAGUGUAAUCCUUUUGCUGUUUAAAGAUAACAGUAAAAGAAACAAUGGAAUGCAGUUAUUUGCAUCUCUUUGCUAUAGUCUAAAAAUUAAAUCCUAAAAACUUCAGAGUAGAUUAAUAAAAGUCAAUUUCAAACUAUCAUCGUUUUUCUUUUCUCUCAUUACCUUUACUAUUUAAAUUUAUUGAAUUAUAUGAUGUGUACAAAGCACAAAUCAUAAGUGUGGAGCUUGACAAAUUCUUACUAUGACAAUAUUGUGUUAUCAGCACACUGCUAUUAACUUUUAAGUUGAUAAACUGGUAAUAUUGAAGGAUUAAAAUCAUCAACGACCACCACAAAAAAGUAGUAAACAAGAAUGAGAGUGUAAAUCAAGUGAGAGGCACACUUGCAAACACGGAACAAUUUUUGACACAUUUUAAAACAAAUUUUCUGUAACAUAAGAAUAUGAGAGAAUUCAUUGUCUCAAUCUGAAUGGAACCUCACUUGGGGGUUCUCUUACUGUGCUUCCCUUUCUGCAGGAGUUGUACCUUUCAAAGCAAACAGUAGGAAAAAAAAAUACAAGCUUCAGAACCAAUUAGAUUGCUUAGCAACAUUCGUCUUCUUAGUUACACCUGUUUAAUCCUCCUGUCACAAGUUGUGACCUUACAGGAUAAUUUUAUAAAGUUGAAAAUCAACUUUUCAACGUUUUUAGACGCUCUUUCGCUGGUUUACAGGUCGUUUUGCUCAUUUAAAAUUGAAGUUGUGUAGGAAGUCUCCUAAUUACUCUUCUAGUCAUAGCGCCCAGAGGUUAAUAAAGACCAUUUGAGAUUCUCAGAGACUCUACCCAUGAUUUCCCUUGUAAAUAAAAGUCAUUAUCACAUCUGGGUCCUGAAAUUAUUUUACCCGUCGAGAACGGAAAUAUGACCUGUUCAUCCAGUAAACCCUUUCUUAGAUUUUAAAGCUCUUUGCAACUCAGGGAUGUCUUCGACCCAUUAGUAACUUUCCCUGUUACCAACCAAUAAUUUACAUAGGUUGCUAUUUGUUUUGUUCGGAAUUUACAAGCAAUUCAGCCACACAUGAUUAGCAAAAUUAAGAGGGUACUUUUUGUCAAAGAAUCUACAGAAUGAGAGACACCUGAUACCCAAAUUAGAAACGACGAAAGAUCGUCAAAGCUCAGAAAUGUUCCUCAAAGCCAGGAACAUCCGCUCUGAUUUCAGGUUGUCCGAGCGCGGCCGCUUGGCAGACUUAAUGGCUGAGAGGCAGAGGAGUCCAGGGAAGAGGGUCCCUCUGGGGACACCUAACAUAAGCGUGGGCGACCCGGCCACCAGCGGCCCCCAUCACAAAGAGGAAUAAACGCUCCGCAUCCCGUCACCAGGGCAACUCUGAAAUCCGACACCAAGGUUCAAGAUUCCGCAUCUCCGAGCCUCCGGACGCAGAACAGAGGCAUUUCACGGUCCAAUAUCGGAGACUCCGAGGCGUCCCACACGCUGCUGUCUCUGAGGUGCUGACUGCCACGGAGGAGACGCCCUCUCCCCAGGCUCGGGGUCCUAGGCUUACACACCCGCAACGAUCCCGGAAAACCCAGACCUUGCCGGUAGCACGUGGCAGCCGUGAUUGUCCCGACGGUAUCCCUCCGCGCCCCCCUCAGCCUCCCCCUCCCUUCCUGGGACCCUCCGAGUCAGGACGCCGCGGAAGGAUCGCACGCACGUGCGCGCGCACGCCCCGCCGGGACCGCGGAGUGCUUAGGGAGCCGCGGUGAGAAGCAGUCUACGCUGCCGCCGGCACAGCAGCUCCGCAGCAUCGUGCCGCUGGUUAGUUAGCCCCGCAGUUGCGGGCGGGCGGCCGGGUAGGGCGCGCUCCGCGGCUUGUCCCUCAUCGCCGUCCCCGCGUCCUCCCUCCGCAGCUCCUCGGGGAGGGGGGCGGUCGGUGCCUGCGCAGAGCCGCCUCCUCCCCGCCCCCGCCCCGCCUCCCCCCGCGCCGCCGCCUGCGACCGCCGCCGCCGCCGCCGCUGCGCCUGCUGCUCCUCGCCGUCCCCGCUGCAGUGCGAAGGGCUCGAAGAUGGCCGGUUGGCAGAGCUACGUGGAUAACCUGAUGUGCGAUGGCUGCUGCCAGGAAGCCGCCAUUGUCGGCUACUGCGACGCCAAAUACGUCUGGGCAGCCACAGCUGGGGGCGUCUUCCAGAGCAUUACGCCAGUAGAAAUAGAUAUGAUUGUAGGAAAAGACCGGGAAGGUUUCUUUACCAAUGGUUUGACUCUUGGCGCAAAGAAAUGCUCAGUGAUCAGAGAUAGCCUAUACGUGGACGGUGACUGCACAAUGGACAUCCGGACAAAGAGUCAAGGUGGGGAGCCAACAUACAACGUUGCUGUCGGCAGAGCUGGUAGAGUCUUGGUCUUUGUAAUGGGAAAAGAAGGGGUCCAUGGAGGCGGAUUGAAUAAGAAGGCAUACUCAAUGGCAAAAUACUUGAGAGACUCUGGGUUCUAGCUGCUAGGCAGACUGUUAAGUAUUAGGGGAAAAUUGCUCUUAAACUUUCCUAGCUGUAAGCUUGAGUCUUAAUUCUGGAAAUUUUAUUAGCAAUGCAGGGUGAUGGGGUAUGAACCUGUGUCUCCUUUGUAUCCCUCUGUUGGUGGGGAAAGGUGUCUUUCUUUCUGCCCUCCCCUCCCUCCCUUAAAUAAUUCUGUUCACUUUUGUUUUGUUUCCUUAUGUACUCCAGCAUUGGUUAUAGUCAUGGGAAAGGAAGGUGUCCACGGAGGCACACUUAACAAGAAAGCAUAUGAACUCGCUUUAUACCUGAGGAGGUCUGAUGUGUAAGCAGCCUCUCCCCAUCUACCUAGCAACUGUCUUCAUCACCACCCCAAUUAUGGUCACAGUGCUACCAGUCUAUAGAUGGUAGCUAAUUUUUCUUUACCUAUUUUCUAAUGUCACGAUUCCUGUUUGCCCAAUGGGUCAUUUGUAUGUUAACCACUGUAUGUAACCAACCUUAUCUGGCAACAUAAUUGCAGCACAAUAAUGAUUUGCAUGAUACCUUGAAAUUUGGGGGGAGGGGGCAUGCCAAGUUGGGCAUCACUUUGUCUUAGCAAUUAAUGGGAUAUUGAUUACUAAAAUAAGUUAAUAUUAAGCAAGGUGCCGGUUGUACAAUCUCUAAUUUGAUCAAUGUCUUUCAGCACUUUGAGCAUUUACUUAGCUCAUUUAGUCUUCCUUUUGUAGCGCAUGGUUGGGAGGAAAAAGUGCAUGCAUCUUUCCUUCACUCUUUUUUUCCACCCCCUCUCUUCACACAGAGGUAUUUGGUUUGCUUCCAUCCUCUUUUAUUGCAGUGCCUGGUUUAUUUAACCAAUUGAUAACUCUUUUGAUGAGCUAUUGAGAGCUGCAGUAGUUUGCUUUUAGUAUUGUUGUUGCACUUGAGUAGAGACAAACCUUUUUUCAUAGUGUCUACAGGACAUAUGACAAGUGCAACUGCAAAACAAGAGCAAAAGGCACUUCCUCCCAUGACCUUAUAGCAACCAUACUGAUUGAAUCCCCAGGGACAUUCCAUCAUUGCAAUAGCUCAGAUUUUUAUUCCUGUCUUUUUCUUUGCACACCAGCUCUACUCUUUAGUAAAAUUGUAAAAGGCUGCCAUUAUGGACAUUAGGUAUCCCAACAUAACCAUCUGGAGUGUGUCCAGUUUGUUCUUCAUAGGACCAAUUUUUAUUUGCAGCUUGAGUUUUUAUAUGAAGUUGCAUUAUUGUGGACUUGGCUGUCUUGUGAUGAAUUUUUUUUUCAUAUGUAUCCUGUGCCAUACUAUUGUUAAAAUGAACUGUUGCUAUUGUGAGAUGGAUUUUAACUGACCUAUUAAAGGUUUCUUUCGAAUGGCACUACUUUAGGGACAUUCUAGUAUUUGCUUCUAUUGUUUGGGCCUUGUGGAUAAUGUACAGAUUUAAAAACAAAUCUUGUUGCUGAUUUGUCCAUUUCUUUCCCUGCACUUUGUUACAUCUGGGAUACAGUCUAACUCAUCUGAUUUAAUAUGCAUUUAAAAAAAUGCCAUAACUAUUAAACACCUUGUUUACAGACAGAUGAAAUAAAUUUAUUCCAACCAAAUA